AUGAAUUUUAUAAAGUAAAUAUUCUCAAAACCAUCUACAUCCUAAAUCCAAUAGAAACCCAAGAAUCAGACUUCUGAAUUCUCAAUACUUGAUCCUCAAUUUACAUAAGUAAGAUUGAGGGAUGCAAAAUUGUUAAUGGCAGACUCGAAAAAACUAGAAUAAGUUCUUAAUUAUCAACCAUAAUCAAUCAAUGAACAACUCAAAAAAUGCUACGCUUUGCAUAUUAUCUUGAGCAGUGAUUAAUAUCAAGUUAUUGACAAGGUCGUCUAGUAUUGUGAAUAAAAUCAUGUAAAUAAUAUAAUUAAAUAGAGAUCAAACCUAUUAGACAAAAUAUAUAAGCUAAGACAGCAGCUACUACAAAUAUUAAUUAAACAUGUUAGAUUAUGUCAGAUUAGUAAAUGAUUGCUACAAAAUUUUAAAAUUCGAUGUACCUUAAUGUAUCGGAUGUAAUUAUUAUAUUUAUAUAGUAAUUAUAAUUUUAUGAAUAAAUUCAUUAAAAUGAAUCUGAAUUUACCAACAAUUAUUUCAAUUACAUAUAAAGAGUAACCCAAAAUUCGGAUAUCUAUAAUUCUUGUAAAUUCCAUCAAUACCCCUAUGAGGAUGAAACAUUUAACAGGAAACUGUAAUUUGUUUGGCUCUUCAAAAUUAUAAAUAUGCUCAAUUAUAAACUAGCUUUUAUCCCGAAUUUAUAAUUCUUAUUUAACUGCAAAACCCAGAAUUCUUUUAUUAUUAGAGAUGUGGCUUAUCUAGUGUAUAAAGACUGCUUAUUAGAAUAUGGUUUCUUGAGAAACGAAAUCUCAGAUAUGGUUGAAUCCUAUUCAUAAUUUUAAGUUAGAGAGUGUAAAUCCUAUAUUGUAUUUUAGCCUUGUAAUUCUAUGAAUUAUUAGUCUUUAUGCUCCAAAUUAAUAAAAAAAUGAAACUAUUCUAUGACAUGAGAUAGCAAUUCGCAUUAAAUUCCUAAUCCGUUCGAGAUGUUAAAUGGUUUGACAUUGAUAAAAAAUAAUUAAUUGAAAUAGAACAUUAUAUUUCCAAAGCCAAAUUGCUAAACACAGUUUAAUUCAAGAAAAGUUUAAUGGUUCCAACUUAAAAAAAUUAAUUGGAUAAUUUUCAGAAAUUUAUGCUUGACCCAUCCCUUCUGGAAAAUUCAAUUCUGAAAGUAUAUAAUUUUUAUAUGCCAAGGAACCUACUACUGCCAAAUAUACUAAAAAAAAUAACGAUCAAUAAUAUUCUCCCUUAAACUCUAAAUAAACAAAAAUAUCAAAUCAUUCAAGAUAAUUAUCAAAAAAUUGA